AGAAAUAAAAAAUCGCAUCACUGUAGAAACUAUUUCUCGAUCGUUGACGCAAAAGCACAAAGCUUUUUCUUUGUUUCUAAAAAUUUUUGCCACUGCCUCCGUUUCAUUUUUUUAAGCAAUGAAAUACCUGGAAAGAAGAAUCUGAAAUCCCCAACCCUCAAGCAACAUCUAAACAGCACCGCUUUUAUCACCCCUUUUUUUUAUUGGAAACGACUUCGUUUCAAUUCGUAUUCAGGCAAAUGGCGGAGUCGUCGUCGUCAUCAUCAUCUAGGGAAGACCUAAUUCAGCUGAUCAAACGGUUCGGGGCUUAUCUCACUGUCAAGAUGUCAAAUUUCUUUCUUCUCUCUCAAUAACUUGAUAACAAUGGAAAAGAAGUUAUUAAUUCAGACACUCAGACUGGAUUCACGAUCAGUAUGGGCUAUUGCAGGGCUAGCCCUUGCAAUAGUCUUUACCUGGCGGAUGUUUAGAUCACCAAGUGGACCUCAAAGAAGGCCACCAAAACGACAAGCUCCUACAACCAGUAAUUCAAUUGCCAGUCCUCAGUCUAAUACGACUGUGAUACCUUCCGGAAUUAGUGCACCACCUGAAGAUCUAAGAGCACAAAAUGUUGUCGAUGAGUUCUUUCAACCAGUAAAGCCAACUUUGGGGCAAAUAGUUAGGCAGAAACUGAGUGAAGGAAGAAAGGUGACAUGCCGUUUGCUUGGAGUAAUCCUUGAGGAAAGCAGUCCAGAGGAGAUCCAGCUGACCCAAGCAACUGUACGGUCAUCUGUGCUGGAAGUUCUGUUGGAGAUCACGAAGUUUUGUGAUCUCUAUCUUAUGGAAAGAGUACUUGAUGAUGAAAGUGAAAAAAAAAUACUUGUGGCUUUGGAAAAUGCAGGGGUUUUCACAUCAGGAGGUUUGGUCAAAGACAAGGUUCUCUUUUGUAGCACAGAGAUAGGGCGGUCAUCUUUCGUUCGCCAACUGGAGCCUGACUGGCACAUUGACACAAAUCUUGAAAUCAUUUCUCAAUUAGCUAGAUUUAUCAAAUAUCAACUUUACAUUUCGUCCACCAGACCUGAAAGAAGUGCUUCAAAUGUUUUCUGUUCUCCAUCAUUGGAACAGUUCUUCGGAUGUGUAUGACACUAGAGGCAGUAAAAAGAGAUAAAUCUCUCAUCUUUUUCUCCACAUUGGUUUCAUGUAUUCCGGCUCAGUAGAAAAGUUUUCAGGCGCUCUUUUAAAGUUAUUGCGUUUGAGAUGAAGGGAGAAGAAGCUUCAUUUGUUUGAAAUUUGUGAAAUAGGCUUUGUCAACUGGAAAUCUCAUAAUAUAUUUAUGUCUGUAGUUGAUAUUGUUUAAAUUAAAGAGUAUGGAUCAACAAUAAUUUUGGUGUCCAAUAAUACGGUUGUGAUAACACUUGCAAUU